CUAUAAUUAUUAAACCACAAAACAAAACCACAACAAUUUCAAUCUCUCUUUCUCUCUCCUCCUUCCGUGACACUCAUAUCAUCUUAUAGCCAGAGACAAAGAAGAGAGGAGGAGGAAACAACACAAUAACACAGAAGAGAGAGAAAAUCGAGGAGAGAGAAAAUCGAGAAAGACGACAACAAUGGUAGGAUGUUGUCCGCCGAUGGAUCUGAUGAGGUCCGAAGAGAUGCAAUUGGUGCAACUCAUCAUCCCUAUUGAGUCGUCUCAUCUCACCGUAUCUUAUCUCGGCGACCUCGGUCUUGUUCAGUUCAAAGAUUUGAAUGCAGAUAAGAGUCCUUUCCAAAGAACCUAUGCGAAUCAGGUUAAAAAAUGUGGAGAGAUGGCUCGUAGAUUACGAUACUUCAAGGAACAAAUGUCAAAUGCUGGCAUUACAAUUCCACCGACGUCUUUUACAGGGAAUGAUAUCAAAGUGGAUGAUUUGGAGGUGAAACUUGGGGAGCUGGAAUCCGAGCUUACUGAAAUGAAUUCAAACAAUGACAAGUUACAGCGCACUUAUAACGAACUUGUUGAGUACAAACUUGUUUUACAGAAGGCUGAAGAAUUCUUCUAUUCAGCUCAAAGAAGUGCGGCUUCUCAACAGAGGGAAUUGGAAGCACAGCAGACUGAGGAAUCCUUGGACACACCUUUACUUUUGGACCAAGAAAAGUCAGGUGAUCCAUCAAAGCCUGUGCAACUGGGGUUCUUUACCGGCCUUGUAUCGAGGGAGAAAUCUAUGGCUUUUGAGAGGAUCUUGUUCCGUGCUACUAGGGGCAAUGUUUUUCUAAAGCAGACUACAGUAGAGAAUCCUGUGACUGAUCCUGCUUCUGGAGAGAAGGUUGAGAAAAAUGUCUUCGUAAUAUUUUAUUCUGGAGAAAGAGCAAAGAACAAGAUUCUUAAGAUAUGUGAAGCAUUUGGAGCUAAUCGUUAUCCUUUCAGUGAGGACAUUGGCAAACAAGCCCAAAUGUUGAAAGAGGUGUCUGGUAAACUUUCGGAGCUGAGGACUACAAUUGAUGCUGGACUUCUACAUCGUGGCAACUUAUUGCAGACUAUUGGUGACCAAUUUGAGCAGUGGAACCUUCUGGUGAGAAAGGAGAAAUCCGUUUACCACAUAUUGAACAUGCUUAGCAUAGAUGUAACGAAAAAAUGUCUUGUGGCAGAAGGGUGGUGCCCAGUUUUUGCAACGAAACAGAUCCAGGAUGUGUUGCACAGGGCGACAUUGGACUCGAAUUCACAAGUCGAAGCCAUAUUUCAGGUUCUAUAUACAAAGGAGUCCCCACCAACCUAUUUCAGGACGAACAAAUUUACUCUUCCUUUUCAGGAGAUUGUUGAUUCAUAUGGAGUUGCUCGGUACCAAGAAGCAAAUCCAACUGUCUUCACAGUCGUCACUUUCCCAUUCCUGUUUGCAGUCAUGUUUGGUGAUUGGGGGCAUGGUAUAUGCUUGUUACUUGCGACUGCCUACCUGGUAUUAAGGGAAAAGAAGCUUGCGAGUCAGAAACUGGGAGACAUCAUGGAGAUGAUGUUUGGAGGUCGAUAUGUCAUUUUGAUGAUGGCGAUCUUUUCAAUUUACACAGGCUUCAUCUAUAACGAAUUCUUCUCAGUCCCAUUUGAAUUAUUUGGAAAGUCAGCCUAUGAAUGCCGUGAUCCUUCCUGCAAGGAUGCAACAACAGAUGGACUGAUAAAAGUGAGAAGUGCAUACCCAUUUGGAUUAGAUCCUGUAUGGCAUGGUUCCCGAAGCGAGUUGCCUUUCCUUAACUCCCUAAAGAUGAAGAUGUCAAUCCUCCUUGGUGUUGCUCAAAUGAAUCUGGGGAUCAUAAUGAGUUUCUUCAAUGCUAAGUUUUUCAGAAGUUGUGUGGAUAUAUGGUUCCAAUUCAUUCCUCAAGUGAUCUUUUUAAACAGUUUGUUUGGCUACCUCUCUGUUCUCAUUAUUAUGAAGUGGUGCACUGGCUCUAAAGCUGAUUUAUAUCACAUAAUGAUAUAUAUGUUUUUGAGCCCUACUGAUGAAUUGGGUGAAAAUGAGCUUUUCGCUGGCCAGAAGACAACUCAGAUGGUUCUGUUGCUGCUAGCCCUGAUAUCUGUACCAUGUAUGCUGCUUCCAAAGCCUUUUAUUCUGAAAAGCCAGCACCAAAGCAGGCACCAGGGAGAGUCAUAUGUGCCCCUUCAAGCAGAAGAAAGCCUUCAAGUGGAAGCAACACAUGGCUCUCAUGGAGACCAUGAGGAAUUUGAAUUCAGUGAAGUGCUUGUGCAUCAGCUCAUUCAUACUAUAGAGUUUGUGCUAGGAGCUGUGUCCAAUACUGCUUCAUACCUUCGUUUGUGGGCAUUAAGCUUGGCCCACUCAGAGUUGUCCACUGUAUUUUAUGACAAGGUUUUGAUGCUAGCAUGGGGGUACAACAAUGUACUUAUUCUUAUAGUGGGUAUCAUUGUCUUCAUCUUCGCAACCGUCGGUGUGCUGCUGGUCAUGGAAACCCUUAGUGCUUUUCUCCAUGCAUUGCGUCUCCAUUGGGUGGAAUACCAGAACAAGUUUUACUUUGGAGAUGGUUACAAGUUCUAUCCUUAUUCAUUCUCGUUGAUUGUUGAAGAAGACGAAUGAGUGUCAGAAAUAGCUUAGCCAUUUCUCUAGCAGUACGCGAGUUGUUGAUAUUUGAUUCCUUAAUUUUAUCUAGCUUCCUGGAAAAGGAAGCUGGGAACGCCCCUUUGAGGGACAUUUUCGAGAAUUAGUUUUGCACAGUGAAGAGAACCAGCCCUUCCAAUUGUUUAUUUGUAUUUGGAAGUAAUAAUAGGCCUAGGAGAGAAGUUACAGGCCAUGUAUCAUAACAAAUCAGUUCUUGGUGUGUUUAUGUACAAUAAGUUAUUCCUUUCGA